CAGCGCCUUCCCCCCGGCAGCGCACCGGGGGGGCGGGGAGGGGGGAGAAAGGGGGCGAAAGAGGGGGAAAAGGAGAAGGAGAAAAAAAAAGAGGAAAAAAGAGAAGGAAGCGGAGGAAGGCUGCUCUGCUCUGCGGACGGCGCGCAGCACCAUGCAGCUUGCGCCGCUGGCGCUGGCACUAACCACGCUCUUCGUCGACGGCUUGAGGGCAGGAGGCAGGCGGCAGAAGCUGCACCCCAGGCAAGCCAAGCUGCUGGAGAAGCUCAGCGAGUACGAGAUAGUGACUCCUACCCGGGUGAAUGAGUUUGGCGAGCCCUUCCCCACCGAUGUCCACUUCAGGAGGAGGCGGCGGAGCACCGGCGCGGCCCCCGACGCCUGGACGGCGGCCGCCGCCGCCUCCUCCAAGGCGCACUACCGGCUCUCCGCCUUCGGCCAGCAGUUCCUCUUCAACCUGACAGCCAGCUCGGCCUUCAUCGCCCCGCUCUUCACCGUCAGCCUCCUGGGCGAGCCCGGCGCCGAGCAGCGGCGGCUGUACGCGGAGGCGGCGGACGCCGACGUGAAGCACUGCUUCUACCGGGGGCACGUCAACGCCCGCCCGCGGCACACGGCCGUCAUCAGCCUCUGCUCCGGGAUGCUAGGCACGUUCAAGUCUCACGAUGGGGACUAUUUUGUAGAGCCGCUGCUAUCACUUGAAGAACAGGAGUAUGAAGAAGAGCACAAUAAGCCACAUAUAGUCUACCGGCACCGGACACCUCACACCAACUCUUCAGGGGACAGGCAGACUUGUGAUACUUCAGGUCAUGAAAAUAUUCACAAAAAGAGCAAGCGGAAACACUGGAGAAAACAGCGGGUAGAAAGCAGCAUGUUAUCUGACAUGGAGAUGUUAAAACAUAGCCUAGAAGUGAAUUCAUUUUCUACGGAGAGCAACAAGACUGGGAACAUCAGCCACAAGAAGAGUCAUAGAAGGACAAAACGGUUUCUCUCCUACCCUCGGUUUGUUGAAGUGAUGGUGGUGGCUGAUAGCAGGAUGGUUGCCUACCAUGGAGCUAAUCUACAGCACUAUGUCUUAACAUUAAUGUCAAUAGUAGCUUCUAUCUACAAAGACCCAAGUAUUGGAAACCUAAUCAAUAUUGUUAUUGUGAAAUUGGUCGUGAUACAUAAUGAACAGGAUGGUCCUGCAAUAUCUUACAAUGCUCAGACAACAUUAAAAAACUUUUGUCAAUGGCAGCAAUCCCAAAACCACCCUGAAGGAAGUCACCUUCAACACGAUACAGCUGUGCUUGUUACCAGACAGGAUAUCUGUAGAGCGCACGACAAAUGUGAUACUCUGGGUCUGGCAGAGCUGGGCACAGUUUGCGAUCCAUACAGGAGCUGUUCAAUUAGCGAAGACAACGGGCUGAGCACUGCUUUCACAAUAGCACAUGAACUUGGCCAUGUAUUUAACAUGCCACAUGAUGACAACCAUAAGUGCAAAGAAGAUGGAGGUAAAAAUCAACAGCAUGUCAUGGCGCCAACACUGAACUUCUACACCAAUCCCUGGAUGUGGUCAAAAUGCAGUAGGAAAUAUAUCACUGAAUUUCUAGACACUGGUUACGGGGAGUGUUUGCUUGAUGAACCUUCAUCAAGAACUUACACGUUGCCUCAGCAGCUCCCGGGGCUGAUUUAUGAUGUCAAUAAACAAUGUGAGUUAAUUUUUGGACCUGGAUCUCAAGUGUGCCCAUAUAUGCAGAUGCAAUGUCGGCGACUCUGGUGUAUUAACAUUGAUGGAGCGCACAAGGGAUGUCGUACUCAGCACACACCUUGGGCUGAUGGGACCGAAUGUGAACCUGGAAAGCACUGCCGGUUCGGGAUGUGCGUCCCCAAGGAGCGGGAGGCACCGGUGCUGGACGGCGCCUGGGGCACCUGGAGCCCUUUCGGCACCUGCUCGAGAACCUGCGGCGGGGGCAUAAAGACGGCGAUACGGGAGUGCAACAGGCCCGAGCCUAAAAAUGGUGGGAAGUACUGCGUGGGUCGCCGAAUGAAAUUCAAAUCAUGUAACACCGAACCAUGCUCGAAGCUGAAGAAGGACUUCCGAGAUGAGCAGUGUGCCGACUUCGACGGGAAGCAUUUUAACAUCAACGGGCUGCCCACAAACGUGCGCUGGGUCCCCAAAUACAGCGGAAUCCUGAUGAAGGAUCGGUGCAAGCUGUUCUGCCGAGUGGCAGGAAACACGGCCUAUUACCAGCUCCGGGACCGCGUCAUCGACGGGACUCCCUGCGGCCCCGACACGAACGACAUCUGCGUGCAGGGGCUUUGCCGGCAAGCUGGAUGUGAUCAUGUGCUGAAUUCAAAAGCAAGAAGAGACAAAUGUGGCGUUUGUGGUGGGGAUAAUUCUUCAUGCAAAACUAUUGCAGGCACAUUUAACACGGUGCAUUAUGGCUAUAACGUUGUGGUCCGCAUCCCAGCUGGUGCAACAAACAUUGAUGUGCGUCAGCACAGUUACUCAGGGAAACCAGAGGAUGACAACUACCUGGCCUUAUCUAACAGUCAAGGAGACUUUAUAUUAAAUGGAGACUUUGUCGUCAGUAUGUUUAAAAGGGAAAUCAAAGUUGGGAAUGCUGUGAUCGAAUACAGCGGAUCGGAUAAUGCUAUUGAAAGGAUUAAUUCUACAGAUCGGAUUGAGCAAGAAAUAACGCUUCAGGUUUUAUCGGUGGGCAAUUUGUACAACCCUGACGUUCGUUACACGUUUAAUAUCCCCAUCGAGGACAAGCCGCAGCAGUUCUACUGGAACGCGUACGGCCCGUGGCAGCCGUGCAGUAAGCUCUGCCAAGGAGAAAGGAAAAGGAAACCUGUGUGUACGAGAGAGUCGGAUCAGCUCACGGUGUCAGAUCAAAGAUGUGACCGAAUUCCCCAGCCUGAUCCAAUAACUGAGCCUUGUAGCACAGAAUGUGAAUUAAGGUGGCACGUGGCGAGGAAGAGCGAGUGCACUGCCCAGUGCGGCCUGGGCUACCGCACCCUGGAGAUCUACUGCUCCAAGUACAACCGGCUGGAAGGGAAGACGGAGAAGGUGGACGACCGCUUCUGCAGCAGCCAGCCCAAGCCGAGCACGAGGGAGAAGUGCACGGGAGACUGCAACGUGGGAGGCUGGCGAUACUCGGCCUGGACAGAGUGCUCUAAAAGCUGUGGCGGGGGCACACGGCGGCGGCGAGCCAUGUGCGUUAACACCUACAACGACGUCCUGGACGACAGUAAAUGCAGUCAGCAGGAGAAGCUGACGGUGCAGCGGUGCAGCGACUUCUUGUGCCCGCAGUGGAAAACUGGCGACUGGUCCGAGUGCCUGGUCACCUGCGGGAAGGGCCAUAAACAUCGCCAGACCUGGUGCCAAUUCGGCGAAGAUCGGUUAAAUGACAGGUUUUGCGAUCCCGAAACGAAGCCGGAGUCGGUGCAGAGCUGUCAGCAGCAGGAGUGCGCGUCGUGGCAAGUAGGACCGUGGGGGCAGUGCACGAUGACCUGUGGACAAGGCUACCAGAUGAGGGCAGUCAAGUGUGUGGUAGGCACCUAUAUGUCAGUGGUAGAUGAUAAUGAGUGUAACGCUGCGACCAGGCCAACAGAUGCCCAGGACUGCGAAAUAGCAGCAUGUCCUCCCCAUCCAAAUAGUCCCGAAGCCAAGAGACCCAUAUCAGGAAUUCACAGGACACAGUGGAGAUUUGGAUCCUGGACACCAUGCUCAGCAACAUGUGGGAAAGGUACCAGGAUGCGAUACGUCAGCUGUCGUGAUGACCAGGGCUCAGUGGCCGACGAGUCAGCUUGCUUCCACCUUCCAAAGCCGUCGGCCACAGAAACGUGCACCGUGACACCGUGCGGGCAGUGGAAGGCCUUGGAGUGGAGCUCCUGCUCAGUGACUUGUGGUCAAGGUAAGGCAACGCGACAAGUGAUCUGCAUCAAUUACAGUGACCAGCUGGUGGACAGAAGUGAAUGUGAUCCGGAUGACCUGCCCGCCACCGAGCAAGACUGCUCCAUGUCUCCUUGUCAUCCAAACAGCCACGACUACGGCAGGCCCAUCCACCCUUUCCUCUACCCGGAUCAUCGGCUCAAGCUGCAGCCGGGAGGCAGCCCGAACCGAAACCGUGCACAUGUGCCAGGAGGCAAUCAAUGGAGAAUUGGGCCCUGGGGUGCUUGCUCCAGUACGUGUGCGGGGGGCUUCCAGCGGCGGGUGGUGGUGUGCCAGGACGAAAACGGGUACACGGCAAACGACUGCGACGAGAAAACCAAACCCGUGGAGCAGAGAUCGUGCGAAUCUGGCCCCUGUCCGCAGUGGGCUUAUGGCAACUGGGGUGAGUGCACAAAGCCAUGCGGGGCAGGGACCAGAACACGGCUGGUGGUGUGUCAGCGCCCUAAUGGAGAAAGGUUUACAGAUCUGAGCUGUGAAAUCCUUGACAAGCCGCCGGACAGAGAGCAGUGCAAUGUGCAGGACUGUCCUAGAGAUGCUGCCUGGAGCGCUGGUCCUUGGAGCUCGUGUUCUGUCUCCUGUGGAAGGGGUCAAAAGCACCGAACUGUGUACUGUUUGUCAAAGGAAGGGAGGCAUGUAGAAGAAGAUUAUUGCAAGCACCUUGCUAAACCCAAUGUGCAAAAGAAAUGCAGAGGGGGCAGAUGUCCGAAGUGGAAAUCGGGAAAUUGGGGACAGUGCACCAAGACGUGCGGGGAGGCGGCGCGGCGCCGCAGGGUGGUCUGCGUGGACGAGAACAAGCGGGUGAGCAGCAGCGCCUACUGCGACGCCGCCAAGCGCCCCGCCGAGGUGGAGAGCUGCCGCCUGCCGCCCUGCGAGUACGUCUGGAUCACCGGCGAGUGGUCGGAGUGCUCCGUGACGUGCGGCAAGGGAUACCGGCAGCGCCUGGUGUCCUGCAGCGAGAUUUAUACCGGCAAGGACCACUACGAGUACGGCUACCAGAACAUGGUCAACUGUCCCGGCACGCAGCCGCCGAACAUCCAACCCUGCUACCUCGGGGAAUGUCCCGUUUCGGCAUCCUGGCGUGUGGGCAACUGGGGAAGUUGCUCCGUUACCUGCGGCGUUGGAGUCAUGCACCGCUCAGUGCAGUGUUUAACCAACGAUGACCAGGCCAGCAGCUUGUGCCACACAGAUCUCAAACCUGAGGAAAGGAGGACAUGUCACAACGUCCAUGACUGUGAGUUACCCAGGAGCUGCAAAGAUGUUAAAAAUCUCAAAGGUGUCACUGAAGAUGGUGAAUAUUUCCUUAAAGUGAAAGGAAAGACAUUAAAGGUGUAUUGCUCUGGGAUGCAGACUGACAACCCAAAAGAGUACGUGACCCUUGUAAACGGGGACGCAGAGAAUUUUUCAGAAGUGUACGGAUACAGGUUACAUAACCCGACUGAAUGUCCGUAUAACGGGAGCCGGCGCGAAGACUGCCAGUGUAGGAAAGAUUACACAGCAGCUGGGUUUUCCACCUUCAGCAAAGUAAGGCUGGACCUGAACACUAUGCAAAUAAUAACAACUGAUUUGCAGUUUGCACGGACACAUGAUGGACGACCUGUUCCUUAUGCCACUGCUGGGGACUGCUACAGUGCAGCCAAAUGCCCUCAGGGUCGUUUCAGCAUCGACCUUUAUGGAACAGGGCUGUCGUUAACAGCAGCGGCAAAAUGGCUCUCACAAGGGAAUUACGCGGUGUCGGAAAUUCAGAAAUCCCCAGAUGGUACCAAAGUAGUAGGAAAAUGUGGCGGUUACUGUGGAAAAUGUACUCCAUCAUCUGGAACAGGCCUUGACGUUCAAGUGUUAUAGCAAUGGUUCUCCACAAGCAGACAGCUGAGAUGAGAUGGAUGAAGGAUAGCGAUGCAAUACCUCUGCCUUCCACUUUUUUUAUCUGUUUAUGUGUGUAUAUAGAUCGCAUAUUCUUAAUGUACAGUAUAAUAUUUAUGUUUGGAAUUAUUUAUUUUGAUUUAAUAUUUUUGUACGUAAAAUCAUUAUAUUAAGGCUGCUUUUACUAUUUUUAUUUUUUAUUGUUAAAUCCUGCAGUCAAACCACUGCAUUUUACGUACUCUACAUUAUAUGUAGCAUUAUGACAAGUGAUACUUUAUUGUCACUGUAUUCAGUUGUUUACUUUCAAUCAGUAAUUUUCCUUCAGUUAUGGGCUGCUCUGGCCCUUUACGGUGCUACACAAUCUGCAUAGGGGUAUUUUUGGCAUUGCAAUCUGUCUUUGUGUAAGGAAAAUAGACAAGAUGUGCUUAAAUUUUGUUCUAGCGAUCAGGCCGACAGCACUCAAGGAAAACACGACAAUGAAUACAGUGCUAGUUGCAUUAGCAAUCUUUAUCUUUUAGGUAUGUUUUGAAUUUCACAUGACCUCUGUGGCCAGUGCUAAAAGUCACUGGUUUGGUGCUAACAUGGUAUUUAUAAACGCUCUGUAACGCUCUCUGGUUACUUAAAUCUGGUGCCUUUAUCAGUGAAAAGAGGAAGAAAACAGAAAAAAAAAAUGGUCAGCCCGUUCAACUAAAUUAAGAUCUACCCCCGGUUUUGGAAAACCCCUGAAAAUGGGUUAUGAACUUGAACCCCCUUUUUGUAGGGCUACUGAAUGAAUGUUCUUCUCCAAAAAAAAAAGAAAGAAAGAAAGACAAUAAACAAAAAACAUUUUGCCUUUCUCUCCUAAUUGCCCGCGCGGAGGAGCCGGGCGGUUCCCGGUCCCCGGCGCGGGGCCGUCUGCCGCGUGCCAGGCGGCCGCCCGGGCUCCUCCUCGCAGCGACGUGGACAUGGAGAUGGAGGCGAUGGAGGUCGCUCUGUGCUGGCAGAUGCCUCCCCCCCGCCCCGUUCGAGGACGGGCUGCCCGACGCCCGCUCCAGCAUCGCUCCCGAGAGGCGUCCGCCCCGCGCCGCCAGCCCGCUCCGGGGGGCAGCUCCCGCGGACCGGGCUGGUUUUGUAGCCCGUGACUACGCCCCGUACCUCUCGCUCCGCGUUUUUACUUAGCGAUAGGAAGGCAGUGCCCGUUCCCCGUGCGUUCGGGGGCAAGGGGGACCACAGCGUACGAGGAGGGGCUGGGGGGGGGGAUAAGCUAUCAUCGUGUGUCAGAAAGACUGAUGCUUCACCUAUUUUGUAUGCUUGUGGGUAGCGAUAAUAAAUUAUACGUUUCUGAGAGAAUGCCAAAAAUACCAUUUCAAAGGUCAAAGAAAAAAAAAGGGAAAAGGAGUAGUAAUGGAAUAGUGAUUUUUUUUAAUGAUUAUUGCUCAUGUAUAACUUCUAUAGGGGAAAAGGGAAAAUUGCACUAUGAACUUUAGGGAUAAACAGUGGUGCUUAGAAAGUACAGGCAUAUUAUAUUUUCGCUAAUGAAGUGAAUGGCUAUUUAUAAAAAAAGUAUUAUUUAGACCUGUACACAUUCCUUUCUACCAUAUUGUUUCAUAGCAGUUACUAACAGAGCAAGAGAAACCUAAAAAAAAAAAAAACUGUAAGGGAAACGUUGACACAUCAUGAUCUUUUGAUUCAUCAGUGAGUUUCAUUAAAUAGGAACAAGCUUUGAGGACCAGAGAUAUUAGACAUUUCUUGUUCAGGAAACAAUUCUGGGUCUUGUAUAUCAAUGCCAUUAUUUUUCUACAAACUGUUUUUGGUUUUUUUUUGUUUUUUUUUUUUUUUUUUUUUUUUGCAAGCACUUUCCUGUACAGUGUUUCUUUUCUUUCUGAUUAUAUUCAAAAGGAAAUGAAAAGACCUGUAGAACAUGUCUGUAUGGUCUUUCUGCAUUUGCCAUCGUAUUUCAAUACCUGUGUGCUAUUAUAGAGGCAAAAUACUUUGUACACAAGGGAAUAAUACAUUGAAUGGUAAACAUU